AUGGAUGAUAUUAACGACUUCGAGAUGAAUGAGGAGGUUUUUAACGUAGGGCAAUCUCAUGAAAUUGGCCAUCGCCUCUACAACAACCUCAAUGAUAAACAGAAGGAAUUUGUUGAUGCUGUCAUCCAAACACUUGAUGAUGAGAGUUCAGGACCAAAAUGUUUCUUCCUUGAUGGACCUGGAGGUACAGGGAAAACAUUUGUCUACAAUACCUUGUACCACCUCUGCCGAAGUCGAAACAUCAUUGUUAAAUGCAUGGCAUUUACAGGCAUUGCAUCCAUACUUCUGCCAGAAGGACGCACAACCCACAAGACAUUUGGUCUUAAAGUUCCUUUGACUAAUGAUUCAAAAUCAUCAAUCAAACGUGGAUCUUCAAAAUUCAAGGAAUUGGAAGCAGUCAACAUGUUCAUGAUGGAUGAAGCACCAAUGCUUCCUAAAUACGGUCUUGACUGCAUGGACGAGCUCCUUCGUGAUCUAGGUGACAGGAACUCCCCAUUUGGCGGGAAAAUAAUGAUUUUAGGAGGAGAUUUUCGACAGUGUCUACCGGUCCAGCCAAGGGCAAAUCGUACCGAACUUCUAGACCUUUCCAUCAAGAAAAGUGUUCUCUGGAGGUACUUCAGGGUUUUCUCUCUGGAACAAAAUAUGAGAGUUGAUGCGGAAGAGGAGUGCUUUGCUAGGUACCUACUGAAACUUGGAAAUGGAGAGCUUGAUACCAACGCUGAUAGUGAAAUUGAACUCCCUAAUGACAUCAUCACUAAUACUAAUGACAUUGUUAACGAGAUCUAUGGAGAAUGUCUCUCCGACGGAAACUUUGAGGACAUGAAGGAUCGAGCAAUUCUUGCACCCCUAAACAAGGACGUCGACACAAUUAACAACACCGUUAUCAAUUUAAUUCCUGGAACCGAGACCAUUUAUAAAAGUUACGAUUCAAUUAAAGAUGAACCAGAAGGUGCCUUAAAGUUCCCUCCAGAAUUCCUAAACUCUAUCGAGAUUUCAGACCUACCACCACACCAGCUCAGACUAAAAAGUAAUACCAUUAUCAUGCUCCUUCGUAACCUUGACGUCUCAGAGGGUCUGUGCAAUGGCACUAGACUGAUAGUUACAGCACUCUGUCCUAACAUAAUAAAAGCCAAGAUCAUCACUGGUGAACACUCUGGCCGAGACGUGCACAUACCAAGAAUCACCCUUGAUUCAUGCAAGUCUCAGCUAGGGUGUUCACUACAAAGACACCAAUUCCCUAUUCGGCCAGCCUUUGCGAUGACAAUACAUAAAUCGCAAGGGCAAACAUUUAAAUAUGUCGGCGUCGUGCUACAAACGCCUGUAUUCAUGCAUGGCAUGCUAUACGUUGCAUUUUCAAGGGUAAAGCGUAGAAGUGCAUUGAAAGUGGUGGUACCGCCAGAAACAGGUGGUCGCACACGCAACGUAGUGUGGACCGAAGUUUUUAAUUGA